UAUACUGUUGCUCUGUCUGUCUUCCUCCUACAGAGCUCUGGGUCCCACAGCGGAGACUUCAGCUGAAAGACUUGAGGAAAGACGUUCAUAUUGAUUUUCUUUCCACUUCGAAAUAAGACCCUCGUGUUUAUUUUUGUCGCCUUGAACACUGUCGCUGUGGAAUAUGUGCGUAUUCCCAAGAAAGAAAAGACAAGACAACGAAAGAUAAUUUAAAGCAACACAAAGUAAGGUCAGUGGAUGAGUUGUGUGGAUGUUAUUUACUGGAUCUCCUCUUGUGGCUGCAUCUCACCGAAGCGCCCGGGGAAAGCAACAGUGUGCGGAAAGUAGAUUUGAAUCUUAAACAUAUGGCUUCGGCGAGGAUAGCGCGCUGGAUGCUUGGAGAAGCUUGGUGGUGAAGAUGGUGAGGAUGUACCCAACGGGGUCUCUGUCAUGGGGCCAAGUCAGAUGGAUGAAUGUAGCGAGAACAACAGUCCUUCAUCUGCUGCUCCUGUCAACCUGCCUUGGCCAAGAUACAGAAGAUUGGCAAUAUGAGGAAUGUAAACUUUCACGGGCGGGUCCUCCUGCUACCAUCGUUGCCAUAGAUGAAGGAAGCCCCAAUGGAACAUUGCUGGUGGACAACAUGCAUAUCAAUGGUGUGGCUGAGGGUCCAAAUCGUACCAUCUCUCUGUCUCUAAGGGACAAUUUUGACAACUGGGUGAUUCUCGAGCCUGCCAGACAGGCUCUAUACCUAAACAGCACCAAUCGGGAUCUUGACAGAGAUCCACCAUCAAAUAUUCAGUCCAUUGUGGUCCAGGUUCAGUGUACCAAUGAACUGAUCGGAACCGUGAUUCUACACGAGGUUCGCAUUGUUGUCCGGGACAAAAACGACAAUAGACCACACUUCCAGCAGCCUAGGUACUACGUAGCCAUCAAUGAGCUGACUCCAGUUGGAACAACCAUCUUCACUGGUUUCUCUGGGAAUAAUGGUGCAACAGAUAUUGAUGAUGGUCCCAAUGGACAGAUAGAGUACACAAUCCAGUACAACCCAAAAGACCCAACAGCCAACAGAACCUUUGACAUCCCGCUGACGUUGUUUGGAUCCGUAGUUCUUAGAGAAAGACUCAACUACGAGGACAUAACUCGAUACUUAGUCAUCGUUCAGGCAAACGACCGAGCGCCCCAUCUGAGUGACCGUCUGACAGCCACCACCACUCUAACUGUGGACGUGUUGGACGGAGAUGACUUGGGUCCCAUGUUUCUACCGUGCACACUUGUAGGAAACACCCGUGACUGCAGUCCCAUUACGUAUCUGGCUAAUGUUCUGGAGCUGACAGAGCCGAAUAAAGUGAACCCCGUCAAUGUGACUCCACCUAUCCAAGCUGUGGACCAGGACAGAAACAUACAACCUCCCUCAGACAGACCAGGGAUUUUAUACUCCGUCCUUAUCGGGAAACCAGUUUCCUACACAGAAUAUUUCAGCCUGAACAGGACCACGGCAGAACUUCUGCUAUUGAAGCCUAUUGACAGAGAGCUCUACCACAGAUUUGAUCUGGUUAUUAAGGCCGAGCAGGACAACGGCCACCCCCUGCCAGCUUUUGCCAACCUUCAAAUUGAAGUUAUGGAUGAAAACAACCAGGCACCCUACUUCCUGGAGACCAGUUACCACGGUUACAUCAGUGAGGCGUCACCAGUCGGGACCACCAUAGCGAUGAACAUAAACCUGUCUGCACCAUUGGUCAUCACAGCUUUGGACAAUGAUGUUGAGAAGACCAGGGACCCACACCUCAAGUACUCCUUGGACAGUUACUCCCAUGUCUUCUCUGUGUCAGCCCAUGGAAUCAGCAGAUAUCUCACUCUGGCGCUGCCCGUUGACAGAGAAACACAAGACUCCUACACAUUCAUGCUUUGUGCCUCAGACGGCGUCCAGGAGAGUGCUCCCGUUGCUGUGACCAUAACCGUGGUGGAUGCCAAUGACAAUACUCCAACUUUUUCAAAUGUCUCUUAUAGUGUUGAACUGUUCACUGACAUGACACCUGGAGUAACCGUGUUACAGCUUACAGCAGACGACCCAGAUGCUGGUCAGAAUGGUCAGGUGACCUACCGGAUAUUGGCCGGUGAUCUGGGACAGUUCCUUAUCGGUAGAAGCACUGGGAUUAUCACCGUGUCACAAGGCGUCAAGCUCACCGUUGGACGGCACUACGCUUUGACAGUGGAAGCCACUGACAAUGGGCCUUUACCUCAGAGAAGGUCAUCCAUUACAACAGUCUAUAUUGAAGUUUUACCGCCAAACAAUCAGAGCCCUCCUCGUUUCCCGCGGCAACAAUACAACCUCGAGAUCAGUGAAGCUAUGAGGACUGGUGCUACACUGCUUAACCUGCAGGCAGAAGAUCGAGAGGAUGACCUGAUAGCCUACACAAUCCAGAGUGGAGAUUUUAAAGGAAAUUUUGAACUGCUGCAGAAUUCGGGGUAUUUAAUUCUGCACAGCCCUCUGGAUCGGGAAACGGUGGAUUAUUAUACACUGGUGGUCACAGCCUCAGACGGACACCCAAAUGGAACAUCCACUGCAAUGGUGAACAUUGUUGUCACGGACGUUAAUGACAACGAUCCCACAUUUGACCCAUCACUCACAGUGAACCUGACUGUCAUUGAGGAGCAAAGUCACGCCUACGUUGGACAGGUCAAGGCAACAGAUCCGGAUCUGGGAGCAAAUGGUCAGGUUCAUUAUCGCCUCGUCAAUCACCAAACACUGUUUACCAUCAACGCCAGUGGGAGCAUAUGGACUUCAGUCCCUCUGGACAGAGAGGAGAGAGGUCACUAUUUUCUCAUCGUUGAAGCCUCAGAUGGUGCAGUGGACCCUCGGAGAUCCCUACUGACCCUCUCCAUCACCGUCUUGGAUGUAGAUGACAACAGUCCCAUUUUCUCCAAACAGUCUUACAACAUCAACCUGCCAGAGAAUUCUCCAAAGAAUACAGUCAUCCUCCAGUUCAAGGCAACAGAUGCUGAUCUCAUCUCCAACCUCACAUAUCGAAUCAGAGCUGAAGGUCUGGAUCCUGAGAUAUUGCAGCUAUUCCACAUCGACCCUGUGACAGGUCAGCUGUCAGUUCUCAAGGUUUUGGACUAUGAAGCUCUGAAUGAGUCCUGGCACACGUACACAUUCACCGUGGAGGCUUUGGACACAAAGGGUACCAUGCCUCCUGGACUGGCCUCUGUUACUGUCAGAAUAUUGGACAUGAAUGACUUCUCUCCAGCAUUCAGCCAAUCUGUGUACAGAGGCAUGGUUGCUCCAAAUGCUGUCAAGGGAACCAUCAUAACCACGGUGAUGGCCAAUGACUCUGACCCUGCGGGUACCCCAGCAGGUCUGGUACGAUACAAGGUGGACCAGGACAAUCAUCCAUACUCAACCAGUAUAUUUGAUGUAGCUGAUGAGUCGGGGCAGGUGGUUACCAAAGUUAACCUCAAUGAGGAACCCAACCUAAAGUUCAGACUGGUGGUGGUGGCCUAUGAUCACGGUGAGCCUGUGAAGGAGAACACAACCCUGGUUGAAAUCACAGUUCUGCAGCCGUCAGUUAUUCCAGUGUUCACCCAGGAGGAGUACAGGUUUCCACCAGUGAGUGAAGAGGCUGCUGUUGGAACCCUGGUGGGAGUCAUCAUGGCAGCGGCUGUCAAUCAAACUAUCGUGUAUUCCAUCGUCGGAGGCAACGGAGGGGACAUUUUCUCCUUAAACGAAACAACAGGAGAGAUUUUCACAGCCAGUCUGCUGGACUAUGAGACCGUUCCCAAAUACGUACUGAAGGUGGAGGCCAAUUCCAUGGAAGUGGUGUCCUCCAACCUUCGGGCUCCUACAAAGAGCAACACAGCUAAGGUGGUGGUCGAUAUCUGGGAUGAGAACGACCACCCGCCAGUGUUCACCAAGUCUCUUUACAUCGGAGGAGUUACAGAAGAUGCCAAAACAUUCACUCCUGUCUUACAAGUUCAGGCUUUGGACAAAGACACGGGCAACUACAGCGCCAUGCUCUACAGUCUGAUCAUCCCCCCUCCUCCCAACAAAGGGGACAGCAAAGACGGCUUUGUCAUCGAGCCUUACAGCGGCGUUGUGAAGACGGCCAUCGUGUAUCGCAACAUGAGGAGGUCGUAUUUUAAGUUUGAAGUGGUUGCCACGGACAACUACGGUCUAGGACACAGCAGCACAGCAGAAAUUGUGGUUUCAGUUGUAAACCAGCUGGACAUGCAGGUGAUCGUAUCGAAUGUUCCUCCAACAUACGUGGAGAAAAAUAAAGACAAGCUCCUCAGUAUUUUGGAACGCUACGUCCAGGAGCAGAUAGCAGGAGCCAAGGUUGUCGUGGAAACCAUUGGGCCCCAUCGGACUAUUGAUGGAUCGGAGCAGGAAGACUACACCAAGUCGGACCUCAUGAUUUAUGCCAUUGACCCGCUGACAAACAGAGCCGUUUCUAGACAGGAGCUCUUCAAGUUCCUAGAUGGAAAGCUUUUGGAUAUCAACAAAGAGUCCCAACCUUUUCUCCCUCCUGGCGGCCGAAUUCUGGAGAUCACAACCCCCGAAGUGGUGACCAGCGUUAAGAAAGCCGUGCAGAGUGUCGGCUACACUGAGGGGGCCCUCCUGGCUCUGGCAGUCAUCAUCAUCAUCUGCUGUGUUCCUGCCAUACUCAUUGUCAUUAUCACCUACAAACAACGCCAAGCGGAGUGUGCCAAAACAUCUCGUAUCCAGAUGGCUCUGCCAACAGGCAAACCUGAGGGAGGCACUGCUAACAACCUGUAUGAAGAGCUGGGAGACAACGCCAUGCGAGGCUUCGGCCAACACGAGACACAACAUCUUCUCCGGCCCUCUCUGCUCAGGCCAGAGGAGUUAUCUGUGGAAUCAGGCAUUGAUCCCGGCCAGGAUUACUACACGCAGGAUUAUUACAACUACGACCAUGGAUACGAGCUGCCCCAGUACGGCAGUCGCAGGAAGCUGAUCUCACCCUCCGGCCUUUAUGAUGAAUAUGGAGAGGUUGUUGUUGAUGACGAUGGAAGCUACUACUACAGCCCGCAGGAGUCAGAUGGAGAGCAGGGCAGUCGAAAACGCCGGAUCAAGUUGGUGCUUGACCGAGAGUACGAGACCAGCUCUACUGGUGAGGACAGCAUCCCAGACACCCAACGCAACCGCCUGUCCACCACGCAAACGAACCACGUUAAUGUCAAUGGGAGCAUCUACGUGGCCCAGAACGGAUCCAUCAUCCGCACCCGGCGUUCAGGAAACCCUUCAGGUCCCACACACACCACCAGCACCACAAACAACAAUCUGAAAGUCAACUCGCCAGUCUUCAGCUCACGUCUGGCCAAGCAUUUUAAAAAGCUUGAUAAAAUGGCUGCCACAUUGGAGGAGAGAGCCCCCUUGAAUAGCCCCAACACAUCAGUGGACGGAGGACGCAUUACACUGAGCACCUUCCAAAGCUCCAGAAGGGCUGUCUCGUCUACAGCCACUUCUUCCUUCUCGAACACGGACAACAAUAAAAUGCUGAAUGUGUUAAACACUCGGCAAUCCAGCGUGUCUUUAGGGUCAACUAGCAUGAGCAACACGGGCCCUGGAAGCAUGGUGUCUAAAACGGACGUGCCCACGGCGGCAUGCAGCAGCACAGAGCAGCCCGAGAGUCCAGCAGGGACAGAUGGGUUACAGGAGGGAGACAGGGAGUCGAAGGUCGACAGAGACAAGGACGAUAGCGUCGUCCCGAGGGAGCCGCUGGAGUGUCCUAGUGACAGAACACAGUCAGAUGAGGAGGAGUUGUGGAUGGGCCCGUGGAACAGCCUUCACAUACCCAUGACUAAACUCUGACUGACCCCGACGCCACUGUGCUCGUUCUUUAUUUCCAAGAUCAUCAGACGUUUCCCACCUUAUUUCUCUUUGUUUGCUGUGGGACUACUGGGAUCACUCCAGUUCAGAGUAAAUACAUCACAACAGCUGAUCAGCCACUCUCAUAGUCCUCUGCACAUAUCAUCAGAUGAUUAUUUUUUCAUAAAUUACAAAAACAUUUGCUGAGAAAUCUCUGAGUAAAUAUGGAAUUUAAUUGAUCUGUUUUGCCUCACUCUUCUGUUCAUCCCAUCAGUCUAACUGAUCCCAGAGCAGCAGCACCCUUCAGAAACUGGACCUACAGAGAGAAGACAAACUAUAUUUAUAUUUUGAACAGGGAAAACGUGACAAUUAUUUAUUUCACGGCCCUUUAAGCAUCUGGUGUCUGUAUGGAACUGUGCUUGUUUCAUUCAGUGUUACAGCCACUUGAAUUUGCCUGAUGUAUUUCAUUGACACAUGAUGUCUUGUAUUGUACACACUUGCCUUUUUAUUCUUGUCAAGUUGCUUGGCAGACUCAAUCCAAAUAAAGUUUAAUCUAUGGAAAGUGGAGUUGUGGCUCUCUUGGUGCCCUGCACCGGCACAACAAAUGCUGGAGAACAAACCUGCUCCGAACAGGCUCGCAGCUAGGCUUGCCGAAGCUUGGUGAAUAUGACUGGACGAGGCAUGUUAUGUCCCCUUUUUCUUGUUGGCAGCUGGCAGCUACGAAGUGGUGAAUUAGUGCCACCGCUGGCCCACAGACGUAAAUUCUUAAAACUCACAGCUGCUCAGCAAAAACAAAGUCCUCCAGUCUCUAAACACCCAGACUCUGGAACAGAACAUGAAAACAAUAAAAUAAAUAUGUGGAAAAACAGAGCUGAUGCAGAUUUCCAACAUUGCCACGCUGAGCGUUCUAACUAAAUAGCGCUAGCUACACAGCUGUAAACAGCUGGUGGUUUCUGUUUUAGUGCUGAUAUCUUUGUAGUCCUCAUAAGCAUGAAUUAAUCAUUCUUACGCUUUCUGGGAGAAGAACACGGAGCUGUCCUUUUCUUCCAUUCUCAUUUAUAAUCAAGCUCCAUCAUACAUCAGUGACCUGAUUGUUCCAUAUGUUCCUAACCAAGCACUUCGCUCUCAGGACUGCAGGUUUACUGGUGGUUCCCAGAAUAUCUAAAAAUAGGAUGGGAUGCACAUCUUUUAGCUAUCAGGCUCCUCUCUUGUGGAACCAACUCCCAGCUUUAGUCUGUGAGGCAGACACCUUGUCUACUUUUAAGACUAGGCUUAAAACAUUUUUAUUUGAAAGGGCCUAUGGUUAAAAUCUGAUGUUAGCCUAAAUCUGGACAAAUGGGGGAGUAGAGGGAGGUGGAGUGUACAGUCGGUAAAGACGACUCUCCCUUGCCCUGCCUCCAACAUGCCACCAUCUAAAAGUUAUCUCUGUAGUUAUGCUGCUGUAAGGACACACUGACUACUUUCCACACUCUACUACAGUGGUCCUCAAUAGGCAGCCUGUGUGCGGGCAGAAGCAACCUGACUCUGGAUAAGCGGAUGAAAAUGGAUGGAUGGACAAAUGACAGAUUUACAUGUAAGUAGUUUAAAUAGAGUACUGUGCUGUUUGAAUGUAUAAACUGAACGCCAAGAGAAAUCACUAGUUUAUUUUCUUCACGGAAAAAAAUCAUAUGUCAGGCAGGAGCGUCUCAGGAUCUGUCUGAGAUCUAUCUCGGUGAGAAAGAUAAUUAGCCUGGCAAGCCAGACUAAAUAAAUGUAUUAUUUGCAAAGCAAGAAUUUGGUCUAGUUCACUAGGCUAACAGAUAAUAGCAAUCCAAAGUGCUUUUUAU